CCGCUCCCGCGCCCCGGCGGGGAUCCCGUGGCCCCGGCGGGGUCUCCGGGACACCCCCCCCGCCGGUUCCCGCGGCCCCCGCCGGGAGCGAGCUCCUGCAUCACCCUGAGCAUCGGGUUAUGCUGCCACCGGGCUGACUGCCGGGACGCAGCGAGGCGGCAGUGGGGGCCGAGCCUGGAGCCAUGGAGGGGCCCGGCCAGGAGGCCUACGAGGAGAGGAUGAGGAGGAGCCUAGACCCUGAGGGCUACGAGGACUCCGGAAUCAAGGGCUCGCAGAUCUCGCUCGGAGAGAUGAGCAGGGCCGGCACCGCGUCCCCUUUGCAUGGGUGGAGGGCCAGAGCCGAGGAGCUGUCACCCCUGCGCCAGUUUCUGCCCAACCGCCGGGGAUGUUAUGACCUGGAUGGGAGGAGGCGCGCAGCCGGGGCCCCCCCAGCACAGGCGAGCGGCCGUGGUGGCGGGCAGCCUGCAUCGGUGACUGAUGUGGACCUGGAGGCAGGAGGGAGCAGGAGGCCUGUGUCCCGGCGGGAGACCCAUGAGGGCUACGUGGAGCUGCACGAGCUGGUCAUGGACAGCACAAAGGACCUGUGCUGGAUGGAGGCCGGCCACUGGCUCAAGCUGGAGGAGGACUUCAAGGAAGCUGGGCAUUGGGGCCAGCCCCAUCUCUCCUUCCUGACCUACCGCAGCCUCCUGGAGGUCCGACGGGCUUUGGCCAGAGGCGCUGUGCUCCUCGACGUGGCGGCCAACUCGCUGGCCGCCAUUGCCCGUGUCCUCAUCGACCAGAUGAUCUACGAGGGGCAGAUCAAGCCACAGGACGGCCAUGACAUCCUGAGGACGCUGCUGCUGCAGCACAAGCACCCCAGCGAGGCCGAGUCGACGAGGACGCUGCCGCCGGCGCAGCUGCAGCGCUCGGACACCGGCCGGUCAGAGACGGAGCAGCCGCUGCUGCGGGAGCACCAGCCCUUGGAGAUGCGCAGGCUGGGGGGCGAGCAGAGCCUGAGCGGGGCCGGCAGACCGCAGCUCCAUGAGAAGAUCCCUGAGGAUGCAGAGGCCACACUGGUCCUCGUGGGCUGCGCAGCCUUCCUGGAGCAGCCCACGCUGGCCUUUGUGCGCCUCAAGGACGCGGUGAAACUGGACGCCGUCCUCGACGUGCCCCUUCCCGUCCGCUUCCUCUUCGUGGUCCUGGGCCCUGACAGCCCCCACGUCAGCUACCACGAGAUCGGCCGCGCCGUGGCCACCAUGAUGUCCGAGAGGGUCUUUCGCCGUGAUGCCUACCUGGCCGAUGGCCGCCAGGACCUUUUGGGGGGGGUCGAGGACUUCCUGGAGGCCAGCAUCGUGCUGCCCCCCACCGAGACCCCCAACGAGCAGCUCCUCCACAGCCUGGUGCCGCUGCAGCACGAGCUGCUCCGCCGCCGCUACCAGCCCCCCGAGAAGGCGGCGGGCGAGGACUUCCUCAAAGACCUGGGUAUGGACCCCCGCCAUCAUCCCCAGCCCCACGGCUGGUGGGACCCCCCCCCCUGCACCAGGGUGUCCCCAUGGCCACCUCCUGUGUCCCCAGGGCUGGAGGGGCCCGCGCCGGAGGAUGACGACCCCCUGCGCAGGACGGGGCGGCCGUUCGGGGGGCUGGUGCGGGACAUCCGCCGCCGGUACCCCAAGUACCUCAGUGACAUCAAGGACGCCCUCAGCCCCCAGUGCUUGGCCGCCGUCAUCUUCAUCUACUUCGCGGCGCUGUCACCUGCUGUCACCUUCGGAGGCUUGCUGAGUGAGAAGACCAAGGGCAUGAUGGGGGUGUCGGAGCUGCUCAUCUCCACCUGUGUGCAGUGUGUCCUCUUCAGCAUCCUCAGCGCCCAGCCCCUGCUCGUCGUCGGCUUCUCGGGGCCCCUCCUGGUCUUCGAGGAAGCCUUCUACUCGUUCUGCAGUGCCAAUGACAUGGAUUACAUCGUGGGCCGGGUCUGGAUUGGCUUCUGGCUCAUCCUGCUGGUGCUGGUGGUGGUGGCCUGCGAGGGCAGCUUCCUGGUGCGCUACCUGUCCCGCUACACCCAGGAGAUCUUCUCCUUCCUCAUCUCCCUUAUCUUCAUCUUCGAGACCUUCUCCAAACUCGUCACAAUCUUCAAGGAGCACCCGCUCAUGCGGCAGUACAACGUGCAGGAGGCGGUGCAGCCCAACGUGCCGGAGCCCAACACGGCGCUGCUGUCCCUCGUCCUCAUGGCCGGAACGUUCUUCCUGGCCUUCUUCCUCCGCAAGUUCAAGAACAGCGCUUUCCUGCCUGGCAGGGCCCGGCGCUUGAUUGGGGACUUUGGGGUGCCCAUUUCCAUCUUCAUCAUGACGCUGGUCGACUUCUUCAUCAAGGACACGUACACGCAGAAACUGAAUGUCCCCAAAGGGCUGAAGGUCACCAACUCGUCUGCCCGCGGCUGGUUUAUUUACCCCUUGGGGAAGAGCAACAGCUUCCCCAUCUGGAUGAUGUUCGCUUCCGUGGUGCCCGCGCUCCUGGUCUUCAUCCUCAUCUUCCUUGAGACGCAGAUCACCACCCUCAUCAUCAGCAAGCCCGAGAGGAAGCUGGUGAAGGGCUCUGGCUUCCACUUGGACCUGCUGCUGAUCGUGGCCAUGGGGGGCCUGGCCGCACUCUUUGGUAUGCCCUGGCUCAGCGCCACCACCGUCCGCACCAUCACCCAUGCCAAUGCCCUCACUGUCAUGAGCAAGGCCACUGCUCCCGGGGAGAAAUCCCAGAUCCUGGAGGUCAAGGAGCAGCGCAUCAGCGGCUUCUUGGUGGCCGUGCUCAUCGGCGUCUCCAUCCUCAUGGAGCCCAUCCUGAAGUACAUCCCACUGGCCGUGCUCUUCGGCAUCUUCCUCUACAUGGGUGUCACCUCCCUCUUUGGCAUCCAGCUCUUUGACCGCAUCCUGCUCCUGCUGAUGCCACCCAAGUACCACCCCGACAAGCCCUAUGUCACCCGGGUGAAGACUUGGCGGAUGCACCUCUUCACCUUCACGCAGAUCGUUGUGCUCGUGCUGCUGUGGGUGGUGAAGUCCACCCCGGCCUCGCUGGCGCUGCCCUUCGUCCUCAUCCUCACCGUGCCCCUGCGGCGCUUCCUGCUGCCCAGGAUCUUCCGGGACAUCGAGCUCAAAUGUCUGGAUGCAGACGAUGCUGUGGUGACCUUCGAAGAGGUGGAGGGCACAGACGUGUACAACGAGGUGCAGAUGCCCAGCUAAGGGCUCGCUGCCCCCCGGCCCUGCUCCCCCACUGCUGCCGCCCUGGGGCCGCUGGGCGCUGCGGGAUGUGGGGACCCGGCCCCGAGCACCCACGUUCACUCUGUAAAUGGAGCCUUUUGGUAGAUUUCCCCCCUUUUUUGCCUGUUUUUGAUACAUUUUGGAUGGUCUGAGCUCACCUGCCCUUUGCUCCCCGCUGGGGAACAGGCUGGUCCCAUGGGCCACCCCCAACCCCAUGGCAUGGGUGCCCCAUCCCAUCCCCAAGGCCACGCUGGGGCUGUGACCGGGCACCGAGCACAGGGAAAGGAGCCGGAGGAAGACACUGAAGCCCGGAGGGAUGAGGCAACGCAGCGAGGAUGGAUCUGUAACAGGGUCCCCCCCAUUCCCUCCCCUGGGGACGACCUGCCAUGGCCCCUCUUCUCCAGAUGAACUUCCAGUGCUAAUGAGCACGAGCUGGGACAGACCCUUCACCCCACAGAGCCCUUUUCCCCGCUUUAUCCCACCAUUUGCUCCAGUGAGAGCAUCCGGCUGCUCCCCUGUGCUCCCGGCAGCUCCCGGGCUUGGGAUGUACAUAGUCCAGCCAGAGGGCUUAUAUAUGUAAUGAAGAUAAUCAUGCUAAAAACACCCCCAAAACCAUCCCACCGAUGCUUCUGCAGGAAGGAUUCCCCAAAACCAAACACAAGUCCCCAAAAAGCACCUUAAAAAGGGAUAAAAAGGAGGAAACCCCAAACCCACGAGCACUGCAAGGGGGGAUUCUGUAUAUUUGAUGCUGGUGACUGGGGGAGGUUGUAAUUUAUUGCUGAUUGUGCCCCCGUGUGCGUGUGUGUGUGUAUAUACCAGAGAGAAUCCAUAGGGAAUGUUAGAAUCUUCUAGAAGAAUUGAUUUAAAGGAUCCUGGUCAGGGCCUAAACUCUACAGACCAGUCUGGCAGCGUUGCUUCACUCAUGACUUAGUGGUAGCACCAUUCCUCUUGGUUUUUAUAGCAUUCUAUAUAUAUAUAUAGUUCAAUUGUGUAGUUUUCCCUUGAUUUUCCCCUUGCUUACUGCCCGCCUCUUGCCCUGUUCCCACUGGGACUGCUCCCAAACUGGCCAAGCAUCCCCCUGCUCCUGCCGGGCCUUGCUGCAUCCAAAGGAUGCUCCUGCCCUGUUCAGACCCAAGGGCCAGCUCCAGCGACAGGUCAGUCUGUGAAUUGACUCCUUUAGGUAUAAAUCAGAGUGGGGGGGACCCCAAAAUCACUGGGGGAGGGGAGGGGGCAGCCAUACCUGGGGCCACACUGCAUCAUGUUUGGGUUGGUUUAGUUUUAUUAUGUGUCUAAAAUCA